GCAGCGUCUAUCCCCGCCACCUCAGCGGAGGAGAUGGAAGCGUCGACAGACAUGGGUCUGGUCAAAGGUCACGCCUACGGCAUCACCAGCGUGAAGAACGUCCACCUGGAAGGUUCCGGACUGUUCGGGAUCUUCAACCGCGAGAAGCUGCCCAUGAUUCGUCUGAGGAACCCCUGGGGACAGGGCGAGUGGAAGGGAGCGUUCAGUGACGGCUCGGAAGAAUGGAACAAGAUCAGCAAAGCCGACCGGGAGAAAGUUGGCCUGACCUUUGAGGAGGACGGCGAGUUCUGGAUGACAUUUGAGGACUACUGCAAGUACUUUGUCCAGACAUGUAUCUGCCGUGUGGUCAACACCUCCUACCUGAGCCUGUCCAAGACCUGGCACGAGGGUCUGUCUCACGGUCAGUGGGUCAAGCCCGACCGCGCCGGGGGAUGCCCCAACAACAAGGACACCUUCCUGCUCAACCCUCAGUACUCAUUUGACAUCACGGAGGACGAAGACGAGUGUAUGAUUCAGCUGAUGCAGAAGUCGCUGCGGGCCAAGGAGGGCUGUGAGAAUGUGACUAUGGGAUUCACCAUCCUCCGGGUUGAGCUGAACCGAGAGCAGCGCCUCCACGACAUGUUCCUGCAGGAGAAGGUGGCGUCCACCGUCUACCGGAACAGUCGCUCCGUCUUCCUGCGGCAUGGGCCGAUGAGGAAGGGCCGCUACGUGGUGGUGCCAUCCACGUUUGACGCCGGCAUCGAGGCCAGCUUCCUGCUGCGUGUCUACACCAGCACCUUCAACAACUUCAAGUGCGGACCCGUACUGCAUCAUCUCGUGUGAGGGCGAGAAAGUCACCACCAGAGUCUGCAAGAACAGCACCAACCCCGAGUGGGAUGAGUCGGCAGUUUUCUUCCGGUCGAAGCCGCUCAAGAGCCCGCUGAAAGUCCAGAUCUGGAACAGCAACGUGCUGCGCGACGACUACAUGGGCAAGCACGUGUUCAUCGCCACCGACGAGUGCAAGGGCAAGGCCGUGGAGGUCGGGCUCGUGGGCCGCAAGAACGAGAGCAACACCAACAAGCCGGGUCAGCUGGUGGUGGUCAUCACGCAGACGCGAGACUUGACCUCUGUCUAGUGGACGCACGCACAAGAUUGUGUGACUUUUAAUAUACCCUGUUUCAGUUGGGGUUUUUUUUGGGGGGGGGAGAUGGGAAGGGAAGGGAGUGAAGAAGUACCACCAGACGCAUGAUUUGACCUCUUUCUAACUCCUCUAAUGGACGGAAGAUUUCACUGUUGUUUUGUUUAUUUUAAAAAAUUGUUAUGUUUUUAGGGAAUAGGAGGAGAGAGAAGAAAUUCCGUAUAGAUUGUCAUUUCAUGUCCAAAUGAGAAUUCUUGGAAGGGAUUUGUGUCUGUUGAUUAAGUUAAGAUUAAGAGAUGUUUGGGAUGAUCAUAAGCAGGCUCAUAAAGCUCAAAGCUUUGAUGACUAAGACAAACAUCAUGUUGCUAAUGCUAUGUACAGUGUAUUGCUUGCUCAUGUCUUGUAUUGACUUGUACGGUUUUAUAAGUUUUUAAAGAAAUAUUUAUGUCAUGUAUAGGAGUAGGAAGGAGUAGCCUACAGUGGACGAUGUGACGAUAGUGCAGCAUGUGAGACUGUUGCUGGGGUUUUUUUUGUCACAUUGCGUUAAGUUUCGGCUUUUUGUUCAAAAUGGCUCUGUUCAUCUUCUGCUCUGAGGAACUACUUAAUGGCGUUUUUUAAUUUUUAAUUAAAUUUUGGGGAGGUAAUAAGUCUGAAUGCACAGCUUAGUUCGAUUUGGGACAUUGUCCAUUUUUUUGGUCUGAAUUUCAAGAAUUUGUUCUCUUCUUUUGAGAUGAACAUUCAAACACUAUGCUUCCUGUUUUGUUGUAACUUUUAAGCUCAAACUCAAAGAUACAGCGUUCCUCUUCUCAUUUGCAAGCUCAAGAUAUUUUUUGAAUUUAUACCCAUUCCUGAAUAAUUUAAAAAUAUGAAGUCAUCCUUCAUUUUUUUGGUAAUUUUUCGGAAAUCUUCUUUUUUUUUUGGUCUCAUGAAAUUAUGAUCGACGACAUUAACCAUGAGAAAAGAUUCAAACUUACGGACGAAAUGAGCUCAGUCAGAAUUUGUUGACAGUUCAUUACUCGAGUAGUUUUUUUCCUACUGUUCGGGGUUCAUUUCAUGUUAUUCCAAGCCCUGUGGAAGAAAUUAUACUGCUUUUUUUAACCACCCUCUGACUCUGAUUGAGUAAAUGACACCGGGACAGAAAGAGUCCUCAAGCCAUGCAUAUAUUAUAUUGUCAACAGACUUUCCCACUCCUCAGUUAUUGUGCUCUUGGCUUAAAACAAAACAAAAGCGAGAAGACAUAGGAGAUAAAACUAGUAAGAGUAAGACUGUACGAGUGUUCCUUGUCUUCAUAUAGUAUUAUAUGGACAGAGCUUUGUCAUUUUGAAAAGUAUUUGAAGGAGCCACAUACAGUCUAGCACACACAUAGGAUAACACGCUGACAGCGCGUAGAUUGUUAACACGUAGAUUGUUGACACACUGAUAGCACGUAGAUUUUCAGGUCCCAAAUUUCUUCUUACGUGUGCGGUAUAUCCCGUGAAGUUUUAAAAACUCAUACAAAGUGAAAAUUUCAAACUUUAUAACAAAAAGAUUUGUACGUAACAUACUGCUGGUUUCGUUAUGUGCGUGCUUGACUCUAAGUUGUAGGAGUGUUAUUAUAGUUUGGCUCAUUAUUGUUUGUUAUGUCUUUAUUAGUACUGAUUACUGGCUCAUUUUUGUUUUUUAUUUAUUUUUAGCUUACACAAGAUACUAUUUUUAUAUUAUGCGUGUCAGUUUCAAGUGUCAUGACCUGAGCCAAUCAGAACGCACCGCUACAUUGUCACUGACCCUAGUAGUUUAUUGAUUGUGCGGGAAAGUCAGCGGUGGGUGGGAGUCGAUGAGUUUCUACAUUGUCGUCAGGUUGUUUUUUUCACUUCUCCCAGUUCUCUGUGAUGAGAUGAAGAAAUAAUUUGUCACAUUUUUUUAAUCAGCACUAGCGAACAAACUGAGGUUUUUGCCAUUUUUGUUUUGUUUUUCCUGGCAGUUAAAUUGAACAGUGGGUUCAAUCACUGAUACUGAGAUGUUAUAAUACAUAUAACAUUUCACCCGAGCAAUAAGUGGAAGAAAAAAGUGUCAUGAGAUUAUAAGUUAUUCUUGUGUUGUUAUUGUCAAUUGUGUUUGGUUUGAAUUUACUGUAUAAGUCGAUUUUUAUAAAGUUUUUAAAAAGAAUAUAGGCCUCUACUCUAUGUAUUUUAAAAAGAUAAGCAUUUAUGUUUUUUUUAACAUAUGUUUUUACAGACUGCAAUGGAUGAAGUUUUUAAAAAAAUAUAGGCCACUAAGUAAGAGGGGGUGAAAUAUGAAGUGUAAUGUACUUUUUCUACAAGACCAUAGUCCUGUUACUGUUACUGUGACUCUAAGGACGUCAAGCAUUUAUGUUUUUCAAAAAGUUGUCUGUUCUUACGGACUGCAGUGGAUGAACUUUAAAACUGACUUUAUGCAGCAAUGCUUGACUUUAAGUUUGAGAAGGAUUUUUUUUUCAUUUGUUUGCAUUGCUUGAGGGGGAGUUUUU